GUUGGACGGCCUGGCUGGAAAGGCUCUUGAAACGAAGCUUCAGCGUUGCAUCAACCGGACGCCAACAAGGCCAAUGUAAGCCACCAGUGAGAGUGGUGAGUAGAGUAGCAGGCCUUUGCCAAAGAUAAGCACCUGCAGCCAUUCCGCAAAAGCUGUCCAAUCACGAGCGUGCAUAUUUGGCGCUAGCGCGACCCCCUCCACCCCUACGACGGUCUUACGGAUUCAAGAGAGUCGUGAAUCUCUCAUGUCACCCUCACUACCCUUAUUCACCUCGUAUCGCAUUUCACAUCGCUUCUAGCCUCCAGUAAGGACAUUACUAUUUGAGAGGAGGCACGCGACAGUUACUGACAGCAUGUCGGGUGUCGACGAGGUGGCUGAGAAGGCCGUGCCCACCGGGAAUGUUUCGACGAGCCCGAAUCAGUCAGUCGAUGUCGGUGACGUUGAGCUCCCCAGAGGCUGGAUGUAUCGCUCGCCCAAGAUCGGCUCAAUCAAGCUGCCAUGGUACGCCUCGCCGGAGUCGCAGUUGAUUCUGGUCGCCUUCGUGUGCUUUCUGUGUCCAGGAAUGUUCAACGCCGUCAAUGGACUCGGCGGCGGAGGCCAGGUCGACGCACACGCCAGCAACGACUCGAACACCGCUCUCUAUGCCACCUUCUCCGUAAUUGGCUUCUUUGCGGGUACCAUCACCAACGCACUCGGCAUCAAGAUCGCCCUGUCCUUCGGCGGCCUCGGCUACACCAUCUACGUCGCAUCGUACCUCUCAUACAAUCACUCCGGGAACUAUGGAUUCAUCGUCUUCGCAGGCUUCUUCCUCGGGUGCUGUGCUGGCAUUCUGUGGGCCGCCCAAGGCGCGAUCAUGAUGUCAUACCCGCCAGAAAAUUUCAAGGGACGCUAUAUAGCCUGGUUUUGGAUCAUCUUCAACCUGGGUGCCGUCAUUGGUAGCUUGGUUCCUCUUGGUCAGAAUAUCCACGUCAACACCAAUAGCACGGUCACCGACGGCACAUAUAUUGGCUUCAUUGUACUCACAUUCUGCGGCGCACUCUUGGCGUUUGCUCUUGUGGAUGCCAAACACGUGGUCCGUAGGGACGGCUCCAAAGUCAUAUUGAUGCAACAUCCAACUUGGAAGACCGAGAUCUUUGGGCUCUGGGAAACUCUCAUUAGCGACCCGUACGUGGUACUGCUGUGGCCGAUGUUCUUCGCAUCGAACUGGUUCUACACCUAUCAGUUCAACGACGUCAACCUCGCGCAAUUCAACACGCGGACUCGCGCUCUCAACAGCUGCCUGUACUGGACCUCCCAGCUCAUCGGCGCCAGCGUUUUCGGUUUCGCCUUGGAUAUCACCUACUUCAAGCGAACCACUCGGGCGAAGAUAGCCUGGGCUGCGCUCUUCGUUCUCACUUUCGUAAUCUGGGGCGGAGGCUAUGCCUUCCAGACGGGCUAUACCCGCGCCGAAGUUAGCGAGAAGACCUACGUCAAGAUGGACUGGACCUCGAAGGGCUAUGGUGGCCCGGUUGUAUUAUAUAUGGCAUAUGGAUUCUACGACGCUGCCUGGCAGACUUGCGUCUACUGGUUCAUGGGCGCCUUAUCGAACAACAGCCGCAAGCUUGCCAACUUCGCGGGCUUUUACAAAGGUAUCCAAUCAGCUGGCGCGGCUAUCUUUUGGCGCCUUGACGGCUUGCCCAAUGCGCCGCCAUACAUGAACCUUCUCGCUUCAUGCUGGGCGCUCCUUGCUGGAUCGCUGCUUAUUGCCGCUCCUGUGAUGAUUCUCAAGAUCAAAGACACCACGCCGAUUGAACAGGACCUCAAGUUCUCCGACGAGACUAUCGACGAUGUUGUCGCGCACAAGGGUGUAGCUCCAGGCGCUCCCGGGAGCGAGAAGAUCUAGCCGCACUACGACUGGUUGGAUUGAGACGUGGAGCCUCAUUAGGAAGGCAUUAAGGCCUCUCAACGGACAGGAUGCGAACAGCGUAUCUUUAACGACAACGUAGCCUUAAGGGCAUUUAUAGAUUCAGGGAAUGUCAACCUAGCAAUGGCAACGAUGUAUAACGGCCGCAACGUAGCGUCUGUAUAACCAAAGCAUGUCGAGAGACUUCUGCAGUGAUGUGCUGCAUCGCCU